AAAUGAUAAUAAUAAAUUUGUUCGCGGAAAUAUCAAUAAUUCUUUAGACAGUUUAAAAAUAUGCAAGGAACAAUCAACGUCUUCUCAGCUUGUACCCGUUCAUACUUCCGAUGGUGAAAUUAUUUAUAAAUCUCCAUCUCAAUUAUAUCCGGCUGACAGCGAAUUCGGUUUCUCUGAUAAUUGUUCCUUACUCUAUUUAACGAUACCCAAUGUAGCAUAUAACAUUAAAAAACGUUUUAAAAGCGUAUUAAAAGGAAACUACCACGGAAUUUAUACAUUUACAGGCUCAAUUCUUAUAGCUGUCAAUCCAUACAGACCCCUUCCAUGUUUAUAUGAUGAAAAAACGUUGGUUUCUUAUGUUGGAAAAACUCAAAGUGCCAAUCCACCUCAUCCUUUUGCGAUAGCCGAAGCUGCUUAUACGGCUUUGUUAAAACACAACAAGUCGCAAAGUAUUAUUAUAAGUGGGGAGAGCGGAUCAGGAAAAACAGAAUGUUCUAAACAUGUGUUAAGGUAUUUAGCAUACAACUCUUCGCAAAGUAACACUGAUCAAGAAAAAUACGCCAUAGAAAACCGUGUUUUGGAAACAAAUCCAGUUCUUGAAGCCUUUGGAAAUGCAACGACAGUUCGUAACGUGAACUCAUCUCGAUUCGGAAAACUUAUAAAACUUCACUUUGACAAAGCAGGACACAUAAGUCAUGGAUCAAUGUCUACCUAUUUAUUAGCAAAGUCGCGUGUAUCUAAGGUUCCGGCUAAUGAGAGAAAUUAUCAUAUUUUUUAUUGGUUGUGUCUUGAGGCUACUCCAGAAGAACGCGAAAACUUGUAUAUUAAUAACAUGGAACACUACCGUUUUCUAGACUCUGACUGCACUCUUUCAAUGCCGUCAAACUUUGAGAGGGUUAGGAAAGCGAUGGAUGUUAUAAAUCUAUCCAAAGAAGUUGAUCAAAUUGAUGUUUUUAAAACACUUUCAAUUAUUCUUACACUAGGAAACCUUGAGUUCACCACUGGUUUAAGAAAAAGAGACUUUGAAGAUAAUGCCACAAUUAUUUCACGUUCCUCAAAAAUAGGCUCCACGAGUGAAACGAGUCUUUCAGUUCGUGAAAAGGCUGAUAGUCUUGAUGUUUUACAUCAGUUAUUGAAGUUCGAAUCCCCAGAAAGUCAAAACACUUUUGAAUUAGCCUUGACGUCCAAGAAAAUAUGUGAUACGCGGUGCAAUUUACCCAUUCAUCAAGCUAAACAAAAUGUUAAUGCUUUAGCACGACAUUUAUACCAAAAACUCUUCAACUAUUUAGUUUCACAAAUAAAUAUCAUGUUAGAUGACCAUGACAUGCUGCAUGACCAAAGCAUGAACGAUGAGGCUCAACAAACGCAGACUAAAGAGAUAACUGAAAAUUUUAUUUCUGAUAACACGAAAGUAAUUACAUCAUCCAAGCACGAUGAAGCUUACGUUGGCGUUUUAGAUAUAUUUGGAUUCGAAGAUAUGUUACCGUAUUCUUGUAACGGAUUUGAACAAUUGUGUAUUAAUUAUGCGAACGAGCAACUUCAUACGUUCUUUCUGGACCAACUGAUUGUCAACGACUUGAAGCAAAAAGUGUAUCUUGCUGCAACGCUAUAUACAAUUGUUUGCCCCAUGGACUACCAGGAGUAUUUCAACUUUUGGAUGAAGCUUCUCUAGCUCCAGUGGUUGGGCACAAAGAUUUCUAUUUCUGUCGGAAAGUUAACACAACAUUGGGACACCGUAUAAAAAGCGGUCAUGGAAGCUUAAUUGGUGGCGUGGUCUUGGGAAAAAAA